AUGUGUGUUUUAUUUGAGACCCGGUUGGCCGGAAGGAGUAUUGUAAGAGCCAGGAGGGCAUUGCCUCGGUCCUGGGGUUUCUAUGUUGUGGAUUCUCAGGGAUUGUCGGGAGGUAUUAUAGUUACUUGGAAACUGGACUGUGGGAAGCUGGACAUCUUUAAUGUUAGUAGCCAAGAGGUGAUCAUGGUAAUAUCUGAGGGGGAGGGUAGACCAUGGAUAUUUGCAGCUGUGUAUGCUAGUACCGACUUCAGGGCUCGGAGGACACUGUGGGAGGAGGCUUCCAAGUUGGUUGAUCAGGGGCAGCCGAUGUUGAUUGCAGGAGAUUUUAAUUGGCCUAGAUUCACAUGGUGCAACAAUCAGCAGGGCCCGGCUAGAGUCUGGGAGAGACUUGACAGGGCCUUCGCCACAGCUGGAUGGAUCCAGGAGUUUCCAGACAAUCAUGUUAAACACCUACCGAGGAUAGCUUCAGACCACAGUCCGAUACUGGUAUGUACUGAUAGACCCAUUCCUUUUCGCUGUCCUUUCAGGUUUGAGAGGUUAUGGUUGUGUUACCCCCGGUCUUGGGGGGUUGUGAGCGAGGCUUGGAACAAGCCGGUUCGGGGGGAUGCUAUGUAUCGGGUUUCUCGCAGACUUGAGCUGACUAGGAGAUAUCUUCGGAGGUGGAACAGGGUGGAGGUUGGGAACAUAUUCCGAAGAAUUGAGGAGUUAGAGGAGGCCAUUGCUAAUAUGCAACUACGAGAGGCGUCGGGUGGAGGUUUAUCACAUGUGGAGUUAUCGGAGUUGAGAUCCUUCCUAUCUAUGCAUGAUGCUCUUCUUAGCCAACAGGAGAUCUUUUGGAGGCAGAAGUCAAGAGUACAGUGGAUUCAGGAAGGGGACAGGAACACAAAGUUCUUUCAUCAGUCUACAUUGAUCAGAAGACAGCGGAAUAGGAUCAGAUCUAUCAGGGACGAGGAUGGACAGGCUAUAGAGGACCCGAUUAUGAUUUGCAGGGUGUUUGAGCAGUUCUUCAGGACUAGGUGGACGGAGCGGACAGGGAGUGGAAUAUUUACUGAGCUACCCUUAUCUCCUGAGGGGGUCUCCGAUGAGGACUCUUUAGCACUGAUCAGACCGGUAUCGGGACGGGAGAUUCAGGAGGCGGUGUGGUCCCUGGAGGGGGACAAGGCGCCCGGACCGGAUGGCUUUCCGCCCGUGUUCUUCCGUAGGUAUUGGUCGAUUGUCGGCCUUGAUGUUAUUGAGGCCAUUCAGCAGUUUUUUAGCACGGCGGAGAUGAGCCCGGAGUGGCAGAGGACUUUUAUUACUUUGAUCCCCAAGCGCCAGGUUGCUACUGAGCCUGGCCACUUUAGGCCUAUUAGCCUUUGUUCUACUUUAUACAAGAUUACAGCUAAGAUUUUGGCAAUUAGAAUGAGAGGGAUUUUACCCAGAAUCAUCAGUCCAGAGCAGGGUGCUUUUAUUGGGGGGAGGAACAUAUCAGAUAAUGUCCUUAUUGCCCAGGAGUUCAUGUUUGACCUGGUGAAGGCUCCAGUGCGGUGCUGUCUUAUGGGGGUCAAGCUUGAUAUGGAGAGGGCAUAUGAUAGGAUGUGCUGGGAUUUUCUUCGACAUUCCUUACAGAGUUUUGGCUUCCAUGAGAUGUGGAUCAGGUGGAUCAUGGGCUGUGUGAGGGGGCCAUCCUUCUCCAUUCUGGUUAAUGGUUCACCUUCACACUUUUUUGAUGCUUCGGUUGGUCUUCGUCAGGGGUGUCCGCUGUCUCCCUUGCUUUUCAUUAUCUGUGCAGAUGCAUUAUCCAGAGCUCUUCGAGUAGCAGUGGACACACAGACUCUGGAGGCUUAUAGGCCAGUGCAGGGGGCUGUGCCGAUCUCCCAUCUACUCUUUGCUGAUGACUGUUUGCUGUUGGCUAGGGCGACCAGGCAGAAUGCCCAUGUGAUCCGGAGGACCCUCUAUGCUUAUUGCUCGGCUUCUGGACAACGGGUCAACUUGAACAAAUCGUCUAUCUUUUUCAGUCCAAAGACCAAGGUUCAGAUAAAGGCCGGAAUUAUGGAGACUCUGGGUGUGGGUGAGCAGGAGGGCACCUUGACUUAUUUGGGUGUGCCGAUACUUGGGCGACGCAUGCGCAGUGGAGAUACCAGUUCUCUUGAGCAUAGCAUUAGGCACAGGCUGGAGGGGUGGCAGAUGCAUUCACUAUCCAUGAUGGGCAGAGUCACAUUGGCACGGUCAGUUCUUAGUGCUAUUCCGGUAUAUCUUGUAUCCCAUACUGUUCCUCCCGUAGCUUCAUUGAGGUCAGUUGAGCGGCUUAUCAGGGACUUUAUCUGGGGGAGGCGUGGUGAUAGAGGCAGGGUACAUCUAGUGGCUUGGGAGGUGGUCUGUCAGCCGGUCAGACAUGGUGGCUUGGGUGUGCCGUCAUUGGUGGCGCGACGGGAGGCAUCGAUUCUGCGGCUAGCAGCUAGCCUUUUGUUGGAGCCUGAGAGUUUAUGGUCCUCACUGAUGAGGGCUAAGUACGGGGCAUUGACGGUUGGCAUUAGGGCGGGACGGCUCCAUUCCCCUAUCUGGAGGGAGAUCAGUGUUAGGGCUCCGUUGGUGCUUCCGGCCAUCCGGUGGGCUGUCGGGGAUGGUAUGUCUGUGGAUGUCCUUGAGGAUAGCUGGGUGACUGAGUUACCGAUUAGCAGGCUACCGGUCAUGGUGGAUACGAGCAGGCUGCUGGGACGUCGUGUUGGCGAUCUACUUGUACCGGAGGAGGGGAGCUGGGAUGAGGUGUUCAUUCGGGAGACAUUUGGGGAGCAGCUUGUGAAGAGGAUUCUGGCAUUACCGAUCCCAUCCCGGGCGGAGCCUGACAGACUGGUCUGGUUACCGACGGGCCGAUCGCGGGUACGUGCCAGGGAUAUUCAUGCGUGGACUAGGCGGGAGCCGGAGAGGCGGAUUGAUGGUGGAUGGAUAUGGAGGAUGAGGGUGCAUCCCCGGGUGGCGCUCUUUAUUUGGAAGGUAGCCUGGGGUUGCCUUCCGACCAGGAGUGUAUUGGCCCGGCGGGGGAUGAGGAUGGGCUCACUAUGCGAGGUAUGUCUGGAUGCUGAGGAGACGGUCGGCCACGUCCUCCUUCGAUGUCCUGUAGCUAUGCAGUGUUGGAGAUUGGCCUCGGCGCUACUACCACCUUUAUGGGAGUCGGUGGAGGAUAUGCUCCGGUUCUUGAGUGAGUCUAUUCGUAGGCCGAGGGAGGCUGAGACCGGUUCCAUUGUGGCUUAUCUAGCCUAUCACAUAUGGCUAGCCAGGAAUGAUCGUCUAUUCGAGGGUGGGCGGCUGACCCCACGGGCUGUGAUGGAGAGAGCUCUGAGGCAGGCAGCUGAGACAUCUACGUUGACCACGUCGGCUCCACCUGGGAGGACUAGGGACAUCUGGGGUACCUGCACUGCUGUUUCAGCGUCCAGGUUCAGUUACUUUUCUUGGGUACCCCCACCCCCCGGUUAUCUCAAGGUGAAUUUCGACGGUGGCUCGGCGGAGGAUGGCACCUCUGGGGGCGUGGGUUUUGUUAUCAGGGACCAUCGGGGUACUUUUAUUGCUGCGGGGGGACGGAGCACUUUUGGCGUUUCGGCGGUGGGAGCAGAGCUGCAGGCUGCUUGGGAGGGUGUUUGGUUUGCGAGACGAGUUCUGGGGGCAGAGAGACUCGUUCUCGAGGGUGACUGUUCUGUGGUGAUUGACUGGAUUCGUGGUGUGGACAUAUACGGUGAUGGCCAUCCCCUGAUACGGGAUACCCGGAGCUUGGUGCGGGAGCUGAUUUCUUGUCAGGUUGUCCAUGCUUACCGAGAGGCGAACAGUGCAGCAGAUUGGGUCGCCUCUUAUGUUGCCCGGCAUACCGGGGAGGUUUUCUGGUCUAGGUUGGAUGGCGUUCCACACGCCUUAUUUUGUUUACUUUUCUUUGAUAUGUCUGGUUGUAUUCACGUUAGUGGUAUAUGA